AUGCAGGACCCUACCACCCCGUCCAAGCCACCCUCAUCCCGGCAGCCCUCUUCCUUAGCUUGUGUAUCCUGUCGCCGCCGCCAUUUAAAGUGCGAUGCCCUGCUACCAGCCUGUACUCGCUGCCAAUCCACCAAUUUAGAAUGUCGUUAUGUUCGGUCGAGGCGAGGAUUGCGUACAAAACCGACUAAUCAAUCCCCCCAGCGGUUCCACGAACAAAUGUUGACUGCAGACGAUUUUGCUACCUGGCUGAAUGCCACCACUCUCGCAACAGACUUGGAGGCAGAUCCGGUACUUCUUCAAGGGCUCGAAACGCCGCCAGUAUGGGACAUUCCUUGCCUCCAGGAUGAUACAACCACAGCCACCUGGCACGAGCCAGAGCCUGUCACCACGAUUACCCCUGAGAUAGCUUAUGAUCCAAUGGUGCAGUUAUACUAUCAAAACUUCCACCGGUCACACCCUUUCUUGAUACCGAGAAAGGUACUUCAUUCUCCUCUUCGCCACCGAAUACCCACCUAUAUCACAGGGAUUAUGCGUUACAUUGGCGCACAUUACUACCCCGAAGCAAGAUUCAAGGAAGAAUUCCGGCCGGCAGCGUAUACGGUUCUAUCCGAUGUCACCCCGCGGGACGGGUUCAAAGUUCAAGGACUGUUGUUACUUGCGGUCAUCGAGCAUGCCCACGGCCAAGAAGAGAACGCGUACCUAAAGAUCCAAAUGGCGAUUGAUCUCGCCCUGGAGCUGGGAAUGAACCGGACCAGUUUUGCUCUCGUAAACUCUGAAGGUAGUUCGGUGCUCGCCGAAAGCUGGCGGAGGACGUUCUGGGAACUAUAUGUUGUAGACGGGCUGUUGGCAGCUAUGCGAGACCAAAGCUCGUAUCGUCUGUUUUCCCAUAAGGCGGAUGUGCGAUUGCCUUGCGCUGAGGAACUGUAUAAUUCUGCCAGUGAGAUCACGCCAACUACACGAACAUUGGACGACCUCAAACAAAGCUGGUCCCUAGACCAAUGCAGCUCCUCCUUCACUUACCGAAUUGAAGCUGCGCAGAACCUCGGGCUGGUCAUGGAAGUGAACCGCUCACUGGAUAUUGAUCUCGAGGCCCGGGUUGAGACAGUUGACGCCACUCUUGUCUCGUCGCUCAUGCAAAUACCUUCAUCUUAG